GUCGGUUUCACUUGAACGUGCAUGCGCCGGUUGGGACGGCUGCCUGAUGGAAUCGAAGGGUGAAGUGGAUCCUAAUGAGCGGGAGAACCGCAUCCAUGCGCGACGAGGACGCAUUGAUACACGGAAUGCCAACAAGGAUGACGAGAACAAGAAGAAGAAGUCGUCGUCGACAGAUGCGAAGAAGAUGAAUCGCGGCGCGCAGCAGAUCGCAGACAGUUUGAACCAGCUCGACAAGCGCAAAAUCACAGGGAUCCAGGAAGUCACGGACAUCCGCGUGCGGGCCGACGACACGGAGAACACGCGGCGCAUCAACGAAGAAGACCGAAAGCAGAAGCGCAUCGAAAAGCUGCAGCAAGAAGCGAUCACAAGCGGAUCGCGCAAUGCCGCCGUGGAAAUGCGAUGGGCAGACUUGUACGAUUACAACAUGCCCCAGGAGUUGUUCAAGCAAUUGCAACUGCAAUCCGAAGCUUGCGGCGCCAUUUUAGCUUCCAAGGACGGCUUGAUCAAGGACUUCCAGACCCAGCUCAAGGCCAAGGACGAGGAGUACGUGGUCGCGCUGAAGGUGCAGGCCGACGACGUCGAGACCCUCGUCGAUCGCAUGAGCCAGCAGUACCGCGAGAUGCAGGAAGAGUACGAGCUCGAACUCGAGCAGAUCGAAGAUGCAUUUCUCAAGGCAAGAUAG